UUACCAAAAGGCUAUUUUUCAAAAAUUAAAGAUGAUUUUAUACUAUAUCUUGAAGAAAAUAAUAUUAAAGAAUCGACUACAUGGUCUCAAUUAGGAUAUAUUGCUAAAGAAAGUUGGGUUUUGAAU